GCAAGAAAGACAGUCUGAGUAAGUGCUUCUGUCUGGCGAUGGAAUCCUGUGUGGUAGAAACAGAAACAGCGGCGGAGCCAGAGCAGGCAGGCGGGGUCCUCAGUCACGACCUGUGCGAGUGAGAGAGCCGAGGGUCCUGGACCCGCCGCCACUCUCCGAUGGCUCCUCGGGAAUUAGGGAAAUCCUCCCUGAGGGUGAUUCUUGGUGAAUAUUCCCUCUGAUAAUUAUGCAAGAUUUAGGUGUUUAAGGAAUGCAGCAAUAAAUAUAUGUUAUUCAUAGAACUUUACAUACACUAUAGUCCAAAUUCACUGUCUUAUUAGCCAUGUAGUUAAAAUGCCUUCAUGGUUGUAGAACAAUAAAGAGGAUCAUGACAAUGUGAGAAUAACUUCGGCAGGUGCAAAACCCUUGUGUCUGAACCCAUGUCUGUGAUAAGAAAUGUGUUUUGGAUUGCGUAACUGUGUGCAUACUGCGCGCACAGGGAAGGCAGUGCCUGCGCUCCGUGUCGCCGCCCAGCUGUGCAGCGCGGGGCCCGCCCCUCCUUGAGGUCCGAGAAGCGGCAGUUGAGGAAACGGACUUUAUUAUUAUUCACUGUCACAGACGACAGUGUUCAGGGUCAAAAGCAGCCCGAGUCAUUUUCCUAAAGAUAUUCUACAUGACUCUUUUAGUACACUGUGAUUUUAUUACAGUUGCAACUCUUAACAUGAGGUGUACCCACCUCACAAAAUGUGAAGCGCGGAUCUGGCAUGGCUCGCUGCAGGCACCAUGUUGCACAGCAGGGACUGGGAGGCUCGCAUGCUGCUCACCUCGGACUUUGUGCCCAUUAACACGCAACCCCCAUUGCCCCUCCCCGCUUCCAGCAGCCUCCGUCCCAGUCUCUGCACCAGGAGCUCGAUUAUUUGGGUGACACAGAGGAGCAGGAUCGUGGAGGUUUGUCCUGUGACUGCUUUGCCUCACUUAGCAGCUCUUGCAGGAUUUCCUCCUUUUCUCAGGCUGGGUAGUAUUGCACAGUGUGUUCACACCACACUGUCUUCAUCCUCUCAUCCUUCAGUGGACACUUUGGCUGUUUUCACAUCUUGGUUUUUCUGAACACUCUGCAAUGAAUGUGGGAGUUCUAACAUGUCUUUGACAAACCGAUUUUAUUUUCUUGCAUAAAUGCUCAGAAAUACGACUGUCGGGUCAGAUGGUAGUUUUUCAUUUAAAUUUUUGAAGAACAUCCACACUGUUUUACAUGUAGGCUGCACCAGUUUGAGUUCCCACCAACAGUGUGCAAGGGAUGCAAUUUCUGCACGCCCUCCCCACGCGCCCGUGUCUGCUUGUGGCCAGGGCCCACUCUGACAGCGGUGUGGUGAUGCCUCGUGGUGGUUUGGACUCCUAUUUCCUAUGUGGUGAGUGGCACUAAGCAUAUUACUUUAUACCUCACAGUUAUCUGUAUUGCUUCUUUGGAGAAAUGUCUAUUCACGUCUUCAGCCCAUAUUUUAAUUGAGCUAGUAGUUUCUUGUUUUGCAGGGUUUUUUCUAUUGAGAUGUAGAAAUUAAUUUCACUGCAAGUUCAACAUCUAUGAUGCUUAAGAUUUUAUUUUCUGCAGAUUUCAUUUUACAUAUGUCUCUUGUAUUUCCAUUUGUUUCACAAAGAUGGCUUCACUAUUAAUGGUUUCACUUAACUAGUACUUUAACAUAUUGAUGACUGACUAAUCAGAAAUUACUAAUAAUUCAGUUUCUAUCCUAAGCUAUUUUGUUACAUGUUAACAGUGCUCAUGCCUCACUGUUUAAGGACACAGAAAUAAUGCUCAAUAAUUUCUAUCAUACGCACCAUGGUGUUUUUCUUCCUAUUGUGUCAGCGGAUGAAUCUUUCUACCACCACGAUACUAUCGAGCCAAUCUUGCUCAGGAAAUGCGAUCUGCAAAUGUUACAGAUUCCGUUAGGACUGUGCUGUGGUUAGUGCAUCUACAUACACAUCAUUAGGAUCUGGAAGGCUUUGUUCGUAGUGGAUAUUGACCUAUAUAGCAAAUAGGCACACAUAAAUGAGAAUCUGUUUUGCUCAACAUUGUAAAAUAAAACACAAAUGAUGUAAAUUGAACUACCGGCAUGCAAAAGUGGAUGGGAUGGUACAUGAACAAAGCUGAUAUAGGUUUGGAUUAUAUGGAAACAGAGCUGGCGUGGCUUGUGAGCACAGCACAGUCAUCAGAAUACUGUCCCUGCAGCCGUCCCAGCCAGGGUAAAGGCUCCACCGUGACUCUGGGCCGUUUGUGAUGUUAGAUCAUUUACGGGCCCCGUACGUAAGUUUUACUUGUCCUUUUAGAACAGUAAUGCCCGUGACAAUAUCACGCGCUUCUGAAAUGAGAGAACACGCUACAUGUGAGGCACUGUAGCAAUGAACAAUGCAUAUGGCACAUGCCAUUCAAAGACUUAUGUUGAACUGCAAGAGAUCUCUUCAGGACAGAAUCUUUAAAUACACAGUUCUCAUUUCAGUGCGUAUGGACAAUACACCCACAUCUCUCGCUCCCUUGCAGGACGUUCUCAUCUCCACGUGGGUGUCAGCCUGGGACCUGGCAGAACGGCUCCCGGGACUUGGCAGUAACAACGUUCUACUCCUCUCAGAAUGCACUAGGAAACCUAGGGAAUGUCUCCCUUUUCCCCAUCACUCCUUCUUUUACUUAACUGGGUGCCGCCUGAGGACCGCAGACCAGACUGUCAAGCACUGAAUGCAGAGCAAGCCCUGGCUCAUUCUUCCUAAAGAGUCGGCAGGGCAUGACCACAGACGCCACCUGCGUUCUAGUGUCUGAAGCCGUAGUGGUGAGCAGAAGGAACGCCGGGGAUGUGGAACUUAAGAUAAAUUCUCUCAACCCCACUGGAGCUUCCAUUUACCUCUACUGGACCCUGUAUAUGCUGAUAAAUAUAACUUUUCUUGGUUUUGAUUUAAAACCUGAGGAGCAAAAUCAUCAUGCACACACACAAAACACACAGAGAGAUCUAGAAUACUGCUGGGAUGAGUUUUAUGACAAAAUCAAAGAGUCAAUGUAUACAAUAUUGCUACCAUUUCCUGAUGUUUCUUGUUGGAGCUCAGGGUCUGUGCCUGUGGCUACUUAAGUUUCUUCACGUGCAGACACAAGUGGCAGUUCUAAUUCAUAAGCAACAUUUUCCACAGAUGCUUCUGUUACUUCUGUCAAUCAUAUGUAUGUUCUUAAAAUGAAAUGCUCCUCACAGACUAUAAGCCACAACUCGCUGAAAUUUCACCAGCGGACAAAACUCUUCAUGCAGCACAUAGAUCAGGCAACUGAAUGUUGUCAGGACCCCCAGAAGCCUCCUUCUGCCCCUCUAAGUCACUGCCCCAAAGACUAAUUAGUUCUCUUCGGAAUAUUUGUAGAAGUGGAACUGUUGGGACAUAGGUUUACAUCUACUGUAAUAUUUAAGAGAUUACAUAACUUUUGUCUCUUUAGCAUCUUAUAUAAAUGAGAUCAGCAGGAAUUCCUACAUAUUUCUCUCUUGUAUGCAACUGAUAAGGGUUACUUCCUGAACAUAUGUCUAUUAUUAUAUAUCACUGAUGGUCUUCAUUAGCAUUGCUCUAUAGGAUGCAAUUACCCAAAUAGGAGACAGUCAACUGAGUCAUUCUAGUGCUAAUGGGCAUGUGGGUGGUUUGGGUUUUAUUCUAUUCUAAGUAAGAAUAGUGCCACUACAUAAAGUGUACAGCUUGUCUCUUGUUGACAACAUGUCGGAAUGUAUGUUGGGUAAACUCAUAGAAGGGAAAUUAUUGGAACAUUCUUUGGCAUCUGGUAAACUUAUGCGGACACUGCCAAACAGUGUUUAAAAUCUGUUUACCCUUUUCAACACCCAGCAGCAGGGUGGAGCUCGUGGUUUGUUCGUGUCCUUGCGAACCUCGAUGUUUCUUGUCGUUUUUGUUUUAGCUUUCUGCUUGUUGUAGCUUUCUGCUACAGUUCCUGGUAGCAGUUUGACAUACAUUUUCCUGAUUACUGAAGACAUUGGGUACUUUUCACGUAUUCAUUAUCCAUGGAAGAACUUCUUUCUUGAUCUUUCAACCGGGACAUUUUGCCUGUUUUGCAUUCACUUGCAUGGUGUGUAGCGUUCUCUGGAGGGGUACAGAGAGCGCUCAUCUGCCUUUGUCUCUCACUCUCUCUGCUGGGCUUUCUCUCGCCCUCUCUGUUUCUCUCUCUUUUACUCUUUCUUUCUAUAUAUGAAAGUGUGUCUUUUUGGAUACGAUUAUUAUUUCAUUCAUAUGUUCAACAUCUUUCUUUUUUGCCGGAAACAUGUUCUUAUUCUUAGACCACAGAAAUAUAUAUAUUUUUCCUCUAAAAGUUUAAUUAUUUAUCUUUAAUAUCUAUUUCAGUGAUACACUCAGAAUUAAUGUGCUUUAUGUUGUGUGUCAUGACUGAAGCUUUUCUUUUUUCCCACAUAUCUAGAAAAACCUUCAGGGCAUAAGAACAUGUUGUGCUGUGGCAUCUUUCCGUUUGCUGUCACGGGCCAUCGCUUCCCCAGGUCACCACCUCAUUCCUAGAGGCGACUGUCCAUGAAAUAUAUUGGAAACUCCUUUUAUCUCCUUCUGCCCCUUAAAGAUUCUGGCAAUCCCACCGGAACACACCACCAAAGUCAUUCUUGGUCUCAAAACUCUACAAUGAGCCUUUCUGAUCGGAGGAAGGUUUGUUGCUACAAUUUGAAGGAGAACGUCCUGAAUGAGGGAAUAGCAUGCAGGGACUUGGCGAUAGGAAUGAUGUUCCUGUCCCUGACUACGGUUGGAAUCCUGGGCAAUUCCUCUCUUCUUUACCAUUAUCUCUUCCUCUCCUACACUGGACGCAGGCUGAGGAGCACAGACUUGAUUCUCACGCACCUGACUAUAGCCAACUCCUUGGUGCUUCUCACUAAAGCAGUUCCCCAGACAAUAGUAGCAUUUGGGUGGAAACAUUUUGUUAAUGAUUUUAAAUGUGACCUUCUUCAGUACGUCCAGAGAGUGGGCAGGGGAGUGUCCAUUGGCACCACCUGUCUCUUGAGUGUCUUCCAGGCCGUCACUAUCAGCCCCAGGAACUCCAGGUGGAAGGAUCUUAAGGUAAAAGGUCCAAAGUAUAUUCGUGUCUCUAUUUGCUUUUGUUGGAUCCUACACUUGAUUGUAAAUGUUUUUUUUCCUGUGUAUGGGUUGUAUGGUUCAGGAAAAUGGGGCAGCAAAAACAUCUCAAAGAAAAGAGAUUUGGGACACUGUUUUGUUGCAGAGGAUCAGAAAAUCAGUGUUUCAGUCUAUGCAGCAUUAAUAGCGUUCCCGGAAGUUUCAUUUUCUGUGGGCAUAAUCUGGGCCAGCGCUUCUAUGAUUUUCAUCCUGUACAGGCACAAGCAGCGGGUCCAGCACAUUCGCAGAAGCAAUGUCUCCCCCAGAGUCUGCCCUGAGUCUAGAGCCGCCAAGAGCAUCCUCGUCCUGGCCAGCACCUUUCUGUCCUUCCACACACUCUCCUCCCUCUUUCACGCUUCUAUUGCUCUUUUUAAUGAUCUCAGCUUAUGGUUGGUGAAGAUUGCAGUGCUAAUUUCUGUGUGUUUUCCAAGUGUCUGCCCCUUUUUGGUGGUGACCCGUGAUCACACUCAAUCCAGGCUUUGCUUUAUCUGAGUAAAAAAAUAAGAAAUACUCAAACAUUAUCAGAAAUGUUUAAGUCCAUGCUUUUUCACCAUGACCAGUUGUUUUUUCACUCAUCACCCUUAAAAUGACUAUGCAAAAACAUGGUCAGACACCAUGGUUUACACCUGUAAUCCAAGGUAAGACUCAGGAGGGUCAUUUGAGGUCAGGAGUUUGAGAGCAGCCUGAGUAAGCGCAAGACCCUGAGUCUAAAAUCAAUCAAUCAAUCAAUAAAGUCCAUAAUAGAAAGAAAACUUACAGAGGAGCCUCAUGUCUACUGAGGCUGACCCUAAUGGCUAAAAGGUUUCCUCCUUGCUCGAGUGGAGCACCCACGUGGCACAGUGGGCAUCAGUAAGCAGGAUGGCUGAACUGGGACGCGCAGCAUUCUGUACACAGUUAACUCAGCCAGAAACUGAGUGUUUUCGGUUCCAUCUCCUAAACCUGAAAACUCUGAGUGAUUUUCUAAGUGGUGAACUAUGCAACAAUACAUUCCUGCCACACAAAGAUCAAGUUGUUUGAAAAGCUCAACUCGAAAGAAAAGUGAGAGGUAUAUACAUACAUAAUGAGUGAGAUGUGCACCAUCUGGGGGAUGGUCAUGCUGGAGACUCAGACUUG